CGAGCCCUGCCUGGCGGCUGCCGUGCGCCUGCGUUCGUGUGCCUGCAUACGUGAGCGCGUGCGUCCCAGGACUGUGUUCCACCCACCGAAAGGCCCCCCACCGCCGCUACCACCUGGCUCCUGUAGCCGUCACCCCAGGUGGGUACAUCCAUCCCUACGCACAUGUGCCUCCCGAAACCGGACAGGUCCCCUGCCAUUAUGUCUGCGAGACUCACACUGAAGCUACUAUUCUGGUGCUGCUGUCUGCUUGUUCAGUGCUGUAAUGGACAAGAUGAAGACUGCCGGUGCAACCUGAGCCACGGCCGGUGCGACGAAAACGGAGAGUGCAGAUGUGAGCCAGGCUGGGAGGGGCCUCAAUGUGAAGAGUGUGCGCGUAAGCCAGGCUGUGUACAUGGCUCAUGCCAUCAGCCCUGGCAGUGCAUAUGUGAAAGCGGCUGGACUGGGCGCUUCUGUGACAAAGAUAUCUAUGUGUGCACUAGUGAGCAGCCCUGUCAGAAUGGAGCGACCUGUGUCACCAACGAGCUCGGGGAAUACACCUGUAUUUGCCCAGAGGGGUUCCAUGGCAGGAACUGUGAACUGAAGAUGGGACCCUGUGAGAAGACAAGGUCACCAUGUAAGAACGGUGGGCUGUGUGAGGACGACAAUGGCUAUGCCACUGAGCUGUCAUGCCGCUGCCUGGCUGGCUUUGCAGGGCCGCAUUGUGAAGUGGACGUGGAUGACUGCCUUAUGCGGCCCUGUGCCAACGGCGCUACGUGCCUGGAUGGCAUCAACCGUUUUUCUUGCCUCUGCCCUACUGGCUUCACUGGCCGCUUCUGUACAGUCAACGUGGAUGAUUGUUCCAGUCGGCCAUGUUUAAAUGGGGGUCGCUGCCUGGACCGCAUCAACACUUUCCUCUGCCUCUGCCCACCAGGUUUUGGGGGCAAGACCUGUCAGGCACCCUUCAGGAAACUCAGUCUUGAGACCCAUCCACCUACCUGGACUUCCCAUGGGUGGAGCAGAAAUGAUGGUCCGGUCACUCCACCUUGGCCCCCCAUCACCACUGUGGGCAAUGGCUCACAGAGGUUCACGGCAAGCAGUGGUGGGCGCCUGCUGAAGAUUUCCGUUAAGGAGGUGGUGACCCAGCAGGGCCCAGCACUGACAGAGGUGCAACUCAUCACCAUGUUGGUACUGGGAGGUAUGACAGUGGCUGUGGUGGGACUUACGGCUACUAUGGUGCUGAGGGGCCACUGUCGGGAACGUUCCACACGUUGCAGCCCACCACCUGCCUGCCUCAUACCUGCAGAGCAGGAAGUAAACAUCAGCUUUCUGCACAGCCCAGCACCUCAACUGGAAAAGAAGCAGCUCAAUACAGACAUAAUUUAACACACUUGCUGCCACAGACUGCUUGUUCCUUCUAACCGGACGGCUACACCCCUGUCUGCACCUUGCCCCCUCCAAUGACUGACUGUCCACCAGCCGUUCACGGAGGUGACUGCACUACAGAGAGUGGGCUGUGUACCUGUGCUUGAGAAGAUCCACUAAUGCUGGGCUGAUAACGCUGCACAGAGUUCAUUGGAAGUCGCUUUGGAGAAAAGCAUCUGCUAAAUAAAUAAAUGUAAAUGUAAAUGUAAUGCAACAACCAGGACAGGACCCUGAAGGGAUUGGGCAUUUGCUUGAGAAGCGAAGAAAAGUGCAGCAAAAUGUAAUGCUGCUCUUUUUAACUGUAAAAAAACAUAAAGCACUGGAAAAUGGACCUGCAGUUUGCAUACUGCAGUAGCUUGUUUCAAACUGACCUAAAGAGUUUGCAAAAAACUGCAGCCUCCAAAAGCCAAGAUCCAACUCACUGUCAGUAAGCACCAAGUUGGUAAACACCACAUUAGGAUCAAAAUGUAACUUUAAAUACUUGUGGUCUUUUAAACAAGAACUUAAAAUACAGCCACAAUGAGUGACUGCUAUUAGCAUCAAUGUACAGUGAGAUCUUUACCAAGUUUUGGAAAUUCUCAACAUUUCACCAGUUUUGAGAUUGUUGUGAAUUGGGUGGUCAUUUCUUUCAGAUUUAUAAACAAAUCCCAUCCAUUAUCAGUAAAAAGGAAUUUACAGUCUGUAUUUUUCUUAAAUUUAUAUUGAGUUCAUAAUUAUUUAAGGAACUAUUAUUUUAUACAGUUUGUGGAACCCACAAAGUCUUCUCAUCAUUAAUGGAAACUAUGUAUGCUGUAUAUCUAUGUUCAGUAUGUAUGGACUGGCACUCACUGAAGUACUGUAUACAAAAGAAUUUUUUUUUAAUCAAUGGUGUACAUGUAAAGGUUAAUUCUCCUUCCUGUCAUGAAUUUUGUCUACUGUAUUUAAA